CUGUUCCAACGUCCUCUUCUUAAACCUUAAUUUACGCUCACCGACACUCCACCCUCACCGGAAACUCAAACCUCCUCCCCAUUCGCUUGUACAUUCAGCUACAUCCCUUGUACAUUCCCUCAUUUCAAUCACCUAACCCUUACACGUGAACUUCAGUUACCCAACCAAUAAACAGAUCGAAAACCCUUCAUUAAUAAGCAUCCUCAUUUGUGAGUUUUAUUUUUUUUAUGUACUGUUUACUGAAACGCUAGCUUCGCUUCAUUGACAAUCAAUUCAUCCCUUAUAUUAUAAAAUCGAAAAGGGUGAAAAGAUACUGUGAGAUCUAGAUCUGUGCGACUCCGUUUUUGUUGCUCAAGGUUCAUCAAUGGCUUCCAAGUUGUUAAUGGUUGUUGUUUCUAUUCUGGAUCUCAUCGCUUUUGGCUUAGCUGUUGCUGCUGAACAAAGGAGAAGCACUGCUAAAAUACAACAAGAUUCAGAAGAUGAGUACAACUACUGUGUGUAUGAUUCAGACAUUUCAACCGGUUAUGGUCUUGGUGCGUUUUUUCUUCUGUUUGCUAGCCAGAUUCUUAUAAUGGUGGCUAGCCGAUGCUUCUGCUGCGGGAAAGCCUUGAACCCUACCGGUUCACGGGCUUGUGCUGUUAUCCUCUUCAUCUUUUGUUGGAUAACAUUUUUUAUUGCCGAGGCGUGUUUGCUUGCGGGUUCAGUGAGGAACGGGUACCACACAAAGUACAGGACCAUAUUCAAUGAAGAACCUCCGUCUUGUGAGACGGUGAGAAAGGGAGUGUUUGCAGCAGGGGCGGCUUUCGUGUUCUUCACGGGGAUUGUCUCACAGUUUUACUAUGCAUCUUACUCCAAGGCCCGGGGUGCGUUUCAACCAUAUGGUGGUGAAGCUAAUGUGGGCAUGGGGGCCUAUAAAUGAGAAAUAUUAUAUUGGUUGUGGUCUCUCUAAAUUGACAUGAGUAUUUUUCGGGUUAUUUUUUAGGUGUUACAUUUGUCUAUGAGGUUGUUUUGUGUAUGUGAAGUGCAUGUUAUAAUUUUUUCCACCAAGAAUUAUAUUUGUAGUGUUACUGUUUUGUAUAAAUAAUUGAUUUCUUUUUA